AUGUUAUUCGUUUUGAAACGGAAUCCACAAAUCAGUCUUGUGGUCCCGACUUACUACGAGCUGCACAAAUUGCUUGAUGAUAUGAGUGAGGGCAAUGGUGGCUUUGCGAAACUGGAUCGAGAUAUUAUAACUGCAGUGAAAGAAGGGAUAAAGAAAUAUGAAAAGUACUAUUACAUUAUCGACGACUACGACACCUACUACACUGCCCUCGUCUUGGAUCCCAAAGUCAAAGGUAAACUGAUCUUCCGGGAAUUACAAGAUGGCAAUGCAGGCUCUAUGGUUCUGGAAACUACCCGCAUGAACCUCCAUCAAAUAUAUGCAAUUAGCAAUCUGGAACAUUAUGUCCGAGAUUCACCGGUCUCGGAUAUUGACAAGUACUUCGACACCCCUCCAGCCAGCCUUACAGAUCCACUGGCGAAAAUUGACUCUGGAAUUGGUGGACGAUGCACAAGGAGUUUUAAGCACAGCGAGGGAUGUCUUAGGCAUAAGGAGAUGUUCUUUGAAGGAGAAUACCAUAAGGAUGCUGAUUUGAUUCGUGAUGGGUUCAAGUGGUAG